AUGUCGAUGGACCAACUCAUCUGCGCGCAGUGGCUGAUGAAAAUGUCGAUGCCCUGUCUGCAGAACGAGUUUCACAAAAUUCUGUUAUCUAACAGUGAACCCAUCGAUCCGGACCGUGGAUACGCGAGGGAAUGCGUUCGAGUCUUCACUCUCACUAAACUGUCCGUGGUGGAAGAGAGUUUAUACAAUCUGGGCGUGGAGAAGGUGAGGUUGAACGAUGUUAGAAAAAUGGAGUGGAAAGUCCUGGAUGACAAGAUCAAGAAAUGGAUAUACGCUGCCAAAAUCAGUAUCCGAAUUCUGUUUGCCCGAGAGAAGCGGCUGUGUGUCGAUGUGUUUGGGGAACAUGACAAGAUGAGAGAUCCUUGUUUUGUUGAAAUCGCCAAAGAGCGCACAGAAAGGCUUCUCGCCAUUGCAGAGGCCGUGGCAGCCACGAGCCGGGCGCCCGAAAGAAUGUUCAGGGUGCUGGACCUCUACGAAGCGCUCACCGAUCUUAUGCCCGAAAUAGAAAGACAUAUUUUCUCAAGAAGCUUGCCGAAGCGUACGCUAGCAGGCCAACAGGAUCCUGGUGCAACUAGGGCGGAAACUUUGGUAAACAUAAUCAGGGAACCACCAGGGGAGCUACCGAAAGCCCUCCCCGACAAUGAGAUGACUGAUUCCUCUGCCCCACUGUCUGUCCACCUCAGAUGGACUGUCUUCACCCUGCUGUGCAAGCUUGACAAAAAAUCUGAUCUGUACAAAGACGUGGCCCUGUCGUAUCUGAACAAAAGGUAUAAUGGGUCUGAGCUCAAAUAUAUAAUGGGGGAGGGGUGGCUUGGAAAACAAUGGAAUAAAGUUAGGCAGUACGCGGUGAAGUAUGAGACAGCCGCCUGGAUGAAAGUAUUCUCGUGUGUAACAGAUGAGAAAGUUUCUCCGAAUGGAGGAAUUUUGAAAGAAAGAAUAAAGAAGUUCAAUUCAGCGAUGGAAGAGGUGAAGAGAAGGCAUGCUGGAUGGAUGGUUCCUGACGUCAGCCUGCGAGAAAUGUUAAGGGUUUCAAUUACUGAAAAAUUGAUAUCCUCCUACGGUUCCUUUCUUAGCAGAUUCAGAAGCCGGUUUGAAAGCGAUAUGCGCAGCAAAUAA